AUGUCGAAGUUGCAUUUGGAGAUUUCGAGACUCCGUGAUCGAGCAAUCCAGGAAAUACCACGAUUGCGGCGACUAAUCAACGACUACGAAGAAUUUGUUGCGAACGAGGAUUACAUAUCAAUUGACCUCGAUUGCAAUGCAGUUGUUGAACUACGAAAAUUACUAAGGAUUGAAUCCAAAGGCGUAGACGAAAACAGCGUUGUCGAGUCCUCUAAUCCUGCAAAUUCUCACGUGGCUUCAUCCUCAGCAUUGAUCGAGCCACUAUCACCACCGGCACUUGAAGCAGAACCAACCAGCCAGCCUGGGAGGGUUACCAGUGGAGCUUUCGAUGGUUUUGAAAAUGAGGAACCUAAUGAUCCAAAAUACCCAGUUCCUGGUUCAAUCGAAAGGCCACUAAUCAUACAAGCCUUCCGAUGCACGGAAGAGAACCCCAGCGCUUACUAUACUGUGGUUUCUGAGGAUACAAUCUUUUCCACCAUACCUAUGCUACGCGUGUUGUUUGAAGGAAAGAUCGGUGGAGGCGUGAAAGAUGACGACGAUGAUAUAUGUCACGACCCAGAAAGGUCGACCAAACUGAAGAUUAAGGUGCCUGGAAAGAUUGUAUCUAUACACAAUGUCAUAACCUCAGAAUUUCAUGACGCCAAUAUGAACUAUGGCACUAUAGCACAGUGGCCUGUUCAUAAGCUUUGGUUAUACUCUAGCUGUUUGGUUGAUUUCUGGGACAAAAAGAAGUUGAGAUCUGCCAUUUCAACCGCGGCGGACUUGGAGAACAUUCGAGUUUUAGCUGAUUUCCUCCUAGUCAGCAAGAGUGAUAGAGAGAUCAUGCACAAGCAGCUGUCUUCUUACAUCAAGAAAAGAAAGUAUUUACCUGCUGCUGGAUGUGGACAAACUUCAAAUAACAAUCAGCAGACCGUUUCUGCAAAGAGGGAAUCGUCAUACGAGGGAGACACAAAUAACAAGAAGGCGAGAUACGAAAUCAUUGAUUUAACAGGGGACGACAAUCUCAGAAAGCAGAAACCUCGCGCGGGGUAUGUUUACGCACGCGAGAGAGUGUCAAGAAAGCAUGAGGAUCCCUACGUGCCUGGCGGAAAUGCCGUUCUUCACAACCCAGAUCGCGAAGAACCGAGUGAUUGGAGAGGCGAUACCGCUACUGGACCAAGUCGUCGUGGGACGGAUGAUCACAUGGAUAAGUGCAUUUUGAUUCAAAGCUUGACCGCGAGCGGAGAAUAUGAACAUUGUCUGGAAAAAGUCAUGUGGGUAACUGAAGAAUCCAGCUUGCUUUCUAGCCUGAUUAAGGGCUGUACCGCCACAUCAGAACCUGCACUCGAGGGUAUGGUCAAUCUAGAUGACUGGCAUGAAGGGGGUGUCUGUAUUAGUGUGGAUUGGAAUUUUGUAAUUAGACACUACGCAGUGAAGAACAACCAAGAAGCGGUGAUGAUCCAGGGAUGGGGUGUGGAAAUGGCAUUUAAGGCAUUGGGACCAUGGCUCGAGAGAGUUGGUAAGAGCAGCGAAUACUGGGUGGAAUGGGAACCUGAAGUACUUGAGAAAGCGUGUGUGGUCGAGAAAUUCAUUGGUGCGACCGAUCGACGCUGCAAUACACAAUCCUUGGUCUAA